GCUUCCAGAAGCCAUGGCCGGAGCUCCGCCGAUCUUCCGGCAGCAAUGGCCAGAGCAGGAGAAGAAGACGGCGAAGUAGCCGCUCCUCCUCCUCCCCCUCCCCCUCACACUCUGGCGAAGCAACGCGCCACUUCGACGAUGAGGCGGCGAGGCGGAGCACCACCACGGAGUCGGCGACGAUCCGUCCUUGCGGAUGGAGAGCCUUCCUCGCCUGGGAUGGUAUAUCUGAGCCUUGACGACGGUGGGAGCGAUGAGGUGGUGGAGGAGGUAGGCUCCCAUAUGAGUCACCAUGGUCAUCUCAGGACAGUCUACAUGAGCGGGUUCCGGUGCUACAAUGAUCAGGUCAAGCUGGCGUACUGUAUCUUGCAGAAUGCUCGUGUUCUCGAGCACAUGGAAAUACAGCCAAGGGUCGCGGCCGGUAAUGUUCCCCAUUUCAGGAUCAUGGCGCUGGCAUUCUUGAGAGGCACCUGUCAGUGUCCACUUCGUAUGUCUCUGCUGAUCUGCAGGUUUUGCUUCACGAAGCUUAUCCAUAUGCUGUCUAUGUCCACUACUCCAUCCCUUCCAUUUAUAAUUAAGUUCCCUCGGCGUGGAUGGUGGAGAAAAUCUAGCGUACGUAUUCAUCGCGUGGUCGUCCAUGACCGACGAUCGGCACCCAUUAAUUUCCACGCGGCAUCAUUGCUUGUUCUUUCCAUGUUCUUGAUAUGAUGACUUGGUUCUUCAUGCUUGUAGCAAAAUCAAAAUUCAUAUAAAAUUCAUAAAAUUCAUAUAGAGAUUCCGAUGAAUAAAGGCGUGCUGCCGGCCACAAGCUUCUUGCCAGCUACGUACUGUUCAUGGAGCAUGCUGGUAACUUCUUCCACAGUCUGCAUUCGGGAUGAUUUCUUUCUUUGACAAUGCAUCUGCUUGCAUCUACAAUGCUGGUAACUUCAUCCCACGAGUAUUCGCAGUAUAACUUCCACAAAUAUUUUUUGUACUUCUGUAUUCUUGUCUCUUUUUUCAAAAUAAAAAAUUCCUUCAGUCUGCGUGGAUUAGUUAGGUCGUGCGACUGAACUGAAGUGCGAAAGUGCAGUGUUUCUAAGAAAUCUGAAGCUAGAACCAAAUCCCGAUCGAGUUAAGCUUGCCUGCUCAUCCAUCCACGUGCUGCUGCUCGUAUCUGCCAAUGCUGGCGACACGCCGGAGCCCACGUGGUGUUGUGGUGCCCAGAGGGAUCCACAGGCUCAGAGCCCUGCACACGUUGGGUGUGGUGAACAUCUCAAGGAGGAAGGCCACCCUGCGAGAGGUAGCUAGUCUCACCGGGCUGCGCAAGUUGGGAGUGACUGGCGUGGACGAGAGCAACGGCGGAGAGCUAUGUUCAGCACUGGCUAACCUCAGCAGCCUAGAGACGCUGCUGGUGCAGUCGGAGGGUAAGCCGGGUUUAUCUGGCUGCUUGGAUGGCCUCUCCUCACCUCCGGAAAACCUAGGGAGUCUGAAGCUGUAUGGCAACCUGGUCGAAUUGCCGGCAUGGAUCAACGGUGGGCUGAAAAAUCUGGCCAAGCUCAAGCUGCGGAGUUCCAGGAUAGAGGACCAUGAUGCGGCAAUAAAAGUCCUUGGGCGCCUACCGAACCUUGCCAUCCUGCGUCUGCGGAAAGAGUCACUUGGGGGCGAAGAGGUCCAUCUCCGUUUUCGUCAGGGUGCAUCAUUCCCGAGCCUGAUGGUGCUAGAGCUGAGUCUCCCAGGUAAGCUCAAAUCGGUGGAGUUUGAAAAGGGAGCCACCCCUAAGCUUGAGCUGCUGCAGUAUUACGAUCAGCCUGAAGAAGGCGCCGUUUCAGAAAAAACCGAUGACAAUCAGUUUGAAGAAGACCCCAGAGUUGGGUUGUUUUCUGGGCUAGCAUUUCUGGGAAGCCUCAAGGAAGUUCUGCUCGAGGGUCACAACUACAAAGCCGACUUAGUGCAAAACUUGCGCUUGCAGCUUCAUUCAAAUCCGAAGCGACCUGUUCUCAAGAUGGACUGACCUAAGCUCCCGAAGGAGUAUGAUGUUCCUGCUGCUGCUCACUUGUUUUGAACUGCCAACAUGCUGCCACUCAAAAGUUUUGAAUUGUCUGAUAUGUUUAUUUAGGAAAAGGUAAACAGCAUUAUCGUCAGAUAUAUGUCAACCAAGCUUCAGCUCAGUUUGUCUCUGCUCUUUGCUACGAGAUGAACCAAUUCCUGGACGUGAAAAUAUCGCCCCUUCAUGAAGAGAAGAUGCCUCCCCACCCCAAUUGCGGAUGCCCUUAUGUAACAGAUGCAUGUUCUAUUAUUUAUUUUUAAGUAUCACUUGUAACA